CCCUUUUGAAUUUUGAUGACGAAUACAUAGCUUAGAUUUUUCCUUUACAGAAACACAGAGAGGAGAUUGCCUCAAACCAUUCUCGCCAAAAAAAAGUGGCGAUCUUAAUUUUAAUUUUUUAAGAGACAAAAAAACUUCAGUAAUUUUUAUCUGUUUGUGCUAGUAUUCGGAAACAAUGGCGAUUGCGGCUUAUGGACAGCUCAAUCUGAACGAGGCAUCGAUUUGGGGUUCCAGAAGUGUUGAUUGUUUCGAUAAACUAGAGCAGAUUGGCGAGGGAACUUAUGGACAAGUUUAUAUGGCAAAGGAAAUUGAGACGAGUGAAAUUGUUGCUUUGAAGAAAAUUAGAAUGGACAAUGAGAGAGAAGGGUUUCCAAUAACAGCAAUUCGUGAAAUCAAAAUUUUAAAGAAGCUGCAUCAUGAGAAUGUGAUUAAGCUGAAGGAGAUAGUGACUUCUCCUGGGCCUGAGAAGGACGAGCAGGGAAAAGGAGAUGGUAAUAACAAGUAUAAAGGUGGAAUAUACAUGGUCUUUGAAUACAUGGACCAUGACUUGACAGGACUUGCUGAUCGUCCUAAUAUGAAAUUUUCAGUUGCACAGAUUAAGUGCUAUAUGAGGCAGCUUUUGACCGGGCUUCACUAUUGUCAUGUAAAUCAAGUACUUCAUCGUGACAUCAAAGGAUCUAACCUUCUUAUAGACAAUGAGGGAAAUCUGAAGCUUGCAGAUUUUGGGCUUGCCCGGUCAUUCUCAAAUGAGCAUAAUGCAAAUCUUACAAAUCGUGUAAUUACAUUAUGGUACAGACCUCCGGAGUUGUUGCUAGGGACAACAAAAUAUGGUCCAGCUGUUGAUAUGUGGUCAGUUGGUUGUAUUUUUGCUGAACUUCUAUAUGGGAAACCAAUUUUUCCAGGAAAAGAUGAGCCAGAACAGAUAAAUAAGAUUUUUGAGGUAUGUGGAAAUCCAGAUGAAGUGAUCUGGCCUGGGGUUUCCAAGAUGCCCUGGUAUAAUAAUUUUAAACCAAAUAGGCCGAUGAAGAGACGUCUCAGGGAUAUGUUUAGAGGUUUUGACCGUCAUGCUAUAGAGUUAUUGGAGAAAAUGCUAACUCUGGAUCCUGCUCAGAGAAUAUGUGCAAAGGAUGCACUUGAUGCUGAGUAUUUCUGGACCGACCCGUUGCCUUGUGACCCUAAGAGUUUACCUAAAUAUGAAUCGUCACAUGAAUUUCAAACAAAGAAGAAACGCCAGCAACAAAGGCAGCAGCAUGAAGAAAAUGCAAAACGGCAGAAGCUUCAACACUCUCAACAGCAUGGCCGCCUACCACCAGUUCAGCAAUCUGGGCAGGGGCAUAUGCCUAUGAGGUCAGGGUCUAAUCAGCCAAUGCACAAUUCUCAGGCCCCGGUUGGUGCAGGGCCUAGUCAUCAUUAUGGGAAACCUCGUGGACCUGCGGGUGGGCCAGGCAGGUACCCUCCUAGUGGAUCAAGUGGUGGAGGAUACAAUCAUCCCAAUCGUGGGGGUCAAGGUGGUGGAAGCUAUGGGAGCGGACCAUAUCCGCCACAAGGGCGGGCACCACCCUAUGGUUCAAGUGGCAUGCCUGGUGCUCCACGCGGUGGAGGCAGUAGUGGUGGAUAUGGAGUUGGUGGUCCUAACUACCCUCCAGGCGGUGCUCCAUAUGGUGGUUCUAGUGCCGGUCGUGGCUCAAACAUGAUGGGGGGAAACCGCAACCAGCAGUAUGGCUGGCAGCAGUAGUAUAAUUUAGCGACUAAAAUGUACUAUAAAGAGCGUGACAAAUUACUGCACCAGAGAGUACCGAUAAGCAUGAUUGGCAUCGAUAUUUAUAAGUAUGGUUGGUCUUCAAUGAUGGUUAAAUUAUAUAUGAUCCUUCAGAUGGCUCUGCAGAUUCUGAUCAAUGCCCAUCCCACUGUUGUAUUCUGAAUCCCAAGUUAGCUGUUAGGAGCAUUAUUAUUAUUUUAUACAUGUCUUAAGGAAGCUGAGGGGUAAGUAGGGAUGUAUUUGAGUUGAGCCAAAUCAGAAACAUCUCAAGUUUGAAUAAACCGGUGUUGCCGUUGUCAAGUUUGAAUGAACCGGUGUUGCUGUUCUCAAGUUUGAAUGAACUGGUGUUGCCGUUGGUUCAAGGUUCAACCACUAAUACAGCCAGCUAUGUAAAAAAAUAUUUAUAUAAAGUAGAAGCUGUAAAUCAAAUGAAAGUGGAAAGAGUUCAACUUGAAGAGCUACAAGAUGGAGUUGAGAACAAAAGAACUAAGAAUGAAAAAGAGUUAAAUGUGUGACUUCUGUUUUUUAGGUUUUGUAAAAACCUUUGAAGGUUAAACUGGUUCUUGCGGUGGUUCAAUUUUUCGUCA